AUGGCUGGCAGGGGCAUCUCGGGGCAGGGCUUGCAGGGGGCUCCUGGUGCACGACCUGACCGCUCUCUCCCCCACGCAGUGUACCACUGGGCGGAGAUGCGGGCCAAGAUGCGCGUCCUGGGCUUCAACGCCGAAGCCGUCAAGCCGCUGAACGAGGAGGCGGCCGCCGAGCUGGGCGCCGAGCUGCUGGGCGAGGCCACCAUCUUCGUGGUGGCCUGCAGCUGCCUGGUGCUGGAGUACCGGCGCCAGCAGACGCAGCAGCGCCGCCAGGAGAGGGAGCGGCGCGCCGCCUUGGAGGCAAUGCGGGACGAGGUGGACCACCUGGCGCUGGCGCUCGAGGCUCUGCAGGCGCGGGUGCAGGCGGCGCCGCCGCAGGGCGCCCUGGAGGAGCUGCGGGCGCAGGUGCAGGAGGUGCGCGCCCAGCUCCGCGCCCGGGACCCGCCGCCCGCGCCCCCGGCGGCGCCCUCGCCCGCGGAGUAGGAGGCCCUGGUCUUGGACUUGACUGUUGUCUGGGCUGCGAGGUCCCCGACGUGGCCUUCUCUCCGCACUGUCCCUUCCCCAUGGCCCAGCUAAUACCACCCGGUCCCUUUAGGCGCAGAAGGGAUCCUGAACUGGGGCUGAUCCAAUCGGGCUUUUGGUCACCUCCCUACUAACCUGCCCAGUGGUACCUUCCGCUGGGACUCCCCCUCCCACUAGUGGAAGGUUCCGACCGGCGCUCCCUCCUCCCUAGUGCGCUGGUUUAGCACUUUGGAAUGGAAAAGCAGUGUCUUCCACUGGAGCUCGCCCACCCAGCACUAAGGGGGCCAGCAGGACGCACGGACCUAGCCAACUCGCCUCCUGUCACUCACACCUCCACUUACUUGAGGAGUGGUCCUCUCCCCAAGACCCUCAUCCGUCACCCCAGGACACCCGUUCCUGAUCGGUACAGACCAUUGUAAUGAAAAAAAAUGCGGAAUCUUCCAUUGGACCUCCCGACCCCAUCGCCUUCCAUCUGCCUCACUGUUUUGGCGCGUGGGGAAGAGACGGAUGGAUGGAUGGAUCUUGGAAGGCAUUAGCUCCAAUGACACCCUGCGGCUCCAGCCUUUAGUCCACCAUUGGUACCUCGACUGAGGUGCUCCCCUCUUUAAGUGGAUCGUUCCGAGAGACUCCCCUCGCCCAUCACCACCUGUAGUCUGUGGCAUAACCCAGUGGGAAGGCUGGGCAGGGGUUUCCCGUGCAGUCCCGCCAGAUCUCCCCCCUUUGGUGGUCUGUUCCAGCAGGACUUGGCCCUUUGGGGUGGAAAAAUUGGGCCUGCCUAGGGCUGAGCCAUUCUGUAUUUUGGUCUCAGCCCCGUUUACCUGUCCAGAAG